AACGUUAUCCCCACUUUGUCCGCUUUGCUUGUUCUCUAUAUGCGCAAAUUGGCGGUGAAUGUCGAAAUUUAGCUUCGGAGAUGUCCUUUUUUAUUCACAAAGUUUCAAAAGUUAUAGUACGCGUGGAUUACUAAAUAAAAGGAAGAACUGUGAUAUUAUAUUUUUGAACUAUGGAAUAUAUCGAUUUAUUAUAAUAAAAUAUACAAGAGAUGUAUCCUGCGAAUCACAAAACUGUAUUUGUUCUGGAUCACACUCCGUAUUUCGGCAUUUCUUCUGAAUGUCCGUUGGAGUUUGACUUUUUCAAAAGCAGAGGACAGAAUUUGAUACCACUUGCUCCGGUUUCAAAAUCCUUGUGGACUACCAGUGUCGAAGCUUCGUUGGAGUACUGUCGCAUUGUGUGGGAUCUUUUUCCUGCAGGCAAACUGAUAAGAUUUGUUGUGACAGAUCGAGCAGCUUAUUUGCUAAACUCAUGGAGCCCGUUGCAACAGAAUUUAGCUCAUAUUAUGAAUGGAACUGCUAUUUUGGGAGUGCCCACCAAGACACCAGAACCAAGAGAGGACUAUUCAGUUGUACAUGGUUUAAGAGUUGCGAUAGAAGGUUUGAACGAAUGUACAGAAAUACAACAUGAAAAAAGAACCUCUCUGAACGAGAAUGCUAGUAAGCUGGUAAUGAACAGAGGCAGGGUAAUAUGCAUAACAAGCGCACGAGACAACAGUAACAUGAAGAGCUUGGAGAAUAUAUUUUUGAACCAAUUGGAACAGGAGAAUAAGACUGCAUUAGCUUCGGAUAACUUGAUACCUAUCGAUUAUUGCCAUUUAGUCAUCCUGAAUAUUAGUCCUAACAACAUCGAAUCUCAAGUUACUUCUCAACCCCCUCGGGAGGUAUCUCCUCUGCUGACAGUAGAAGUGCAUUCAAUCAAAGCUUCCGCUCUCCACUCUAAACUGUCCCAUCUGAUUUUGUCUCAUUAUGAUCUAGCCAGCACUACGGUGACGGGUAUACCUAUGAAGGAGGAACAAAACGCCAGCUCGUCUGCGAAUUAUGACGUGGAGAUAUUUCAUUCUUCUGCUGCGCAUUCAGCUAUCUUGAAAGGAAAUUCAUCGGAUUCAUCGUUGAUAAAGACUUUUCGACGGUUCGAGGAAGGAUCGGAGUACGAGACGGUCACGUUAAAGUGGUGCACACCGCGUGGCUGCAGCGCCUCGGAGAUGCAGUACUGCACGGUGAUGCACCGAAUCACGCCGGUAGAUGUUAAUAGCAGACCGUCGUCAUGCUUGAUUAAUUUUCUACUAAAUGGUAGAUCAGUUAUGUUGGAAAUGGCAAGAAAGACAGGUGGAAAGACUAUUUCCCACUUGCUGGCGGCGCACGGCGGCGAAAUUUUCAUUCACACUCUGUCCACUGCCAGAAGCGUGCUAGAAGAUCCACCAUCUAUCAGCGAAGGUUGUGGCGGACGUGUCACCGAUUACAGAAUAACCGAUUUUGGCGCUCUUAUGCGAAACAACAUGCUGGUACCGCUGAAACAAGGUUCCACUUCCAAUGACGGUCCGGUAGAGAAGAUGAGAUUUCGACUGGAACGUCACACUAAGUACUGGCCCAUGACGAUAUCUAGUACUCUUAUGUUCAAUUUAAAACAGGUGAUAGAACCGCUUCCGGAAUUGAUAGUGAAAGAAAAUCUGACCGCUGAGGAAGUGAUGCAAUGCAAGCAAGUGAUCUUUAGCUUGCUCAAUCUGGAAGCGAAGCAUGAAACUUUGCCGUUACCCAGCAUCGGUGGAGGUCGUGGUGGAAAAGGAGGCGGAACACGUCGAGAGGAGCACUAUCGUUUGUUGUGGGAUGAAAUAGAAACAUUUCUCAAGUGUCACGCGAACAAUUCAGUCGCGCAUUCUGAAGUGCUCAAUUGUCUGCUGGAGAUUAGAAACAAAGAUGACAAAGACAAGGUGGAACUCGAUCAAGCUUUACGGGAGUUAGAUGGCUUUGGCAAAGAAGACGGAAGUGCCCGAGUCAGUGUGAUCAGAGCGACGACAGAUUCUCCUAUGUCACCACCUGCCACCGUGUCAGUGCCUUUGAGCAAGCAGUUGCACAAAGGUAUCACCGGAAAGAGUCUUUUGGAUAUCUGGUUGCACCGUAGCGCUCCGAAAGACAGAAAACCGGACUUUCACGGCAGAAUUAACAGCGACGGCCUUAAAGCGAAGUUGUAUCCGAAUCUAAAAGACACAGGAGGAAGAGAACCCAGGGAGACCAUUCUAGAAGGAUAAGUGUAAAAAACAAACUUAUAAAAUGUAAGAUGCAUCCUCUAUAUAUAAAUAUAUAUAAUAUAUGUCUUUUU